GUAGUGUGGACGGGGCCUCAGCAUAAUGAUAAUAAUAAGUAUGAUCAAGUCGAAAAAGUGAAUUGUUUAAUUUUCUUCCUUUUAAGUCCAGUCUGGAAACCACAAAUGGAUUUCCUUAUCAGUGGUCGAUCUGUAGUUACCACAAGUCAGCAUUGUUUUUUGAUUUUGCUUUUCAAACGUAAUACGCGGUCGAAAAGGACACCGAGAAAAUGAAAGGCUGAUUCGGUGGUUCCUCUAGGAACUUAUGUAUAACAUAACUUAUUUGUUAAAUCGUUUAUAACUAAUUUUCCGUUAUUCAGCGAAAAGUAAUAAUACGUGAUAAAUGGAACCAAUUUCUUUUCUUACCCAAUUUGGACGACUUUUUAUUUCCUUCGUGACGCAAAAUUGCUUCUUAUACCUGGAAAUAAUUUUCUGAGGAACCAUAAACGCGCACCUGAAAACUUUGACUGUAAUAAUUACAUCAGAUGAAGCUGACAUUGACGCGAUUAUUAAGCCUUCAGAAUAAAAUGAAUGCAAGUAAAAAUGUAGGCCUUAAUUACAAUUCAUUUUUUGCGGCCGUUUUUUCAAGUUCAGUGCAAAUAACGCACGUAAUCAGCACACUUUUGAUAAGUUGAAGAAAUUGAGCUUUAUAAUUGGUCCGUUCAUGCCACAGCAUGAAAAAUUGAACAGUAAUGACAUUUUCCGAUAAUUGGAUGGCACCCAGCAUUUUAUGGCGCCUGAUGUGGGCAAAAUAACAUGUCUCGUUCAUCGAUUUUCUUCCUUUAAACCAGCCUCAACUCAGCCUUUUGCUCGCCGCUGCUAAGCGGAAACUGUUCACGUUUUCGCAGCCGGUCUUUUCUGUGUAGCCGACCGAAUUCUCUUGUCUUGCCAUUUCGGUUAUUACAUGGCUGCCCGAAAGAUCUUAUUAAUAUUUCGCUGUGCGUAACAAGAAUGAAAUCAAUGAAUAAUCAGUGAGAGUUUGAACCUCUUUCGUUGCGUGCUGUGCGGUUGCCACGCAGCUCGAUCACCGGAGGAGAAUUCUAAUUCUCAAAAUGUCGACUCAAUCUGAGCAUGCUGUAAACGUCAAACAGGGGGAUGAGACGGAGCACAAGAUGGCUUCCGUUCGAGACGACAUGGACAUGAAUCCGAUGAUGGAUAAUCCAGUUUUCUCGACAGGAAGUUCUGUCAAUCUCUUCUGCCCUUUAUGCCAUGAAAUGUUUGUAAACCCUCGACUUCUGCCCUGUUUGCACACGUUUUGUAAAAGAUGUUUGGAGAACCUUGUCGUGCCUAGGUCAAGCGCGCUCAGCUGCCCGGCGUGUAGAACAGAUGUGCCUCUCACAGAGCGUGGUGUUGGCGCUUUCCCGCCAAAUUUCGUCGUGACCACAAUGAUGGACGUAGCGGCAGUGCGCGCGCACGACAAGAACCCAAUUAUGUGCAGUAGCUGUGAAGACAAGCUUCCUGCGGCUGCGCGAUGUAUCGAGUGUAUGGACUUCCUUUGUCAUGACUGCAGAAACGCACAUAUGAGGCUGAGGCUAACCAAGACUCACAGAGUUGUAUCCUUGGAUGAACUUAAAUCCAGCCCACGACCUGAAGACUUACUCCAUCGACCAAUAUUCUGCAUGGAACACACUCAUGAAAAACUAAGGUACUACUGUGAAAGCUGCGAACAAGCCAUCUGCCGCGAGUGCACAAUGACGUCACACUCAACUGAACGUCACAAAUACACACAGCUCACUGAUACGAUCGACAAGCAAACUCAAACCAUCAUGCAACUGGCAGAUAAACUCAAGAGGAAAGUCCCAGUUGUCACGCAAUCCACUAAAGACGUGGAGGAAGUGACGUGCCGUCUCGAGGCGCGCGCCGAAGUGGCAAAGUCUGAGAUUCAGAAAUGCUUUCCUCGAAUUUUAAAAGCUUUGCAAGAUCGAGAGAAAGCCAUGAUGGCUGAAGUAGAAAGCACGGUACAAAGAAAGUCGAAAGUCUUGGGACUGCAACAAGAAAGGUUGGAAAAUGAAUUGAAACGACUCACCACAACUUGUAACUUCACCGAGGAAGUACUGAGGCAUGGCAACUCGGUGGAAAUCCUUGUAAUAAAGAAACAGCUCUGUGACAGAUUGAAUGACCUCAUCUCAUCCAAGUUUCAAGGCGAACCUGAAGAAAAUGACGUCAUCUACUUUGUGGCCAAUCAGGAUGACGUGUUGAAAGCUCUUGAAGGCCUGGGGCAGAUUAAAACAAGUAAUGCAUUCCCUGGCAUGUGCACUGUAGCAGAUGAUAUGAAAUGCGCCACAAAGGGCAAGAAAUCCAAGUUCACGGUUCUUACUCGUGAUCACAGUGGGGCCCAGUGCAGUGGCGGCGGUGAGGAUGUGUUGGUUGACGUGUACACGUCUGACGGGAGAACAGUGCCUGCCGAAGUAAGACCGCUUGGCUCCUCCCCAGGCUCUUCACAUGCCCUCCUCUCACGCUACAACUCACAAAAUGUCGAGGAUAAUAGAAAUGGUUCCUACGGAGUUUCAUACAGUCCAUUCAAUGCCGGAAUGCACAAGGUUUCAGUGACAGUGCGAGACAAACACAUUCAAGGGAGUCCUUUCAAAGUCAACGUUGUCAACACUGGGGAAUCGUAUCUCAAGUUUGGCAGGAAGGGAACAGAAAUUGGAGAAUUCAAUGGUAUAUUCGGAGUUGCUGUGGACGAUGAAGGACAUAUAAUCAUCACCGACUGCCACAAUCACAGAGUACAAGUAUUUAAUCAAAAUGGCGGAUUUAUGUUCCAGUUUGGACGUAAGGGAGAGGGCAGCGGACAGUUCCAGUGCCCCACAGGGGUCGGGGUGGAUCCUGAUGGAAGGAUUGUUGUCUGUGAAAGACUGGGGAGCAGAAUACAGAUUUUUGACCGAGAUGGAAUGUUCCUUCACAAGUUCUCGGUUCCAGAUCUGAAAGCCUCCACGCUGGCAGUGGAUGCAAACAGAAGAAUCAUUGUUGCUGACUCAGCAAAUCGUUGUAUUCACGUUAUUUCUUUGGACACAGGUCAGUCGUUUAAGUUUGGUUCAUUUGGCGACGGCAAUGGUGAGCUGAAUUACCCGUGCUACGUUGCGGUGAACUCCCAAGGACACAUUAUUGUCUCUGACAUGCACAGCCACCGUAUUCAGGUUUUUGAUUCACGUGGUCGUUUCUUGUUCAAUUUCGGCCGCAAGGGUAGUCAGGACGGGGAAUUAAUGCGACCCACAGGGGUAGCCGUGGGGCACGAUGGAAAUAUCAUAGUGGCCGAUAGAGACAAUCAUCGUAUUCAAGUCUUCUCUAGCGAGGGGCGUUUUAUCACAAAGUUUGGUACCAAGGGGGACGGAGACGGGCAGCUAAAUGAUCCUCACGGCCUAGCAUUGACGCCAGAGGGAAAUAUAAUUGUCGCAGACUUUCGUAAUAAUCGUGUUCAAUUGUUCGGGCAACCGGCGUAAAAAGUUAACCUUUGCAACGUUCAUUUACUGCUAGAAGUUCCACACACCGGAGAAAAUUAGUCACCUGGCCAAUGGAGAAAAAAAGACAGUAUCGUAUAUUGCCUUAUUUGGAAUGCGCAUCGUCAUUGGCUCGCUGUCGGCACCGUGAUUGGUUGGCCAUGGGCACGUGUUCCAAAUGUUUUACCAUUUCAUUCCUUUAGUAGUUUACUUCCGGACCGUUGAGAUGUGAAGUAGCUGUUGAAUUUAACUGGUUUAUUACAGUCCCUCAACAGCAGGUGCUGUAUACUUUGUUAAACUAUGAAAAUAGUGUCGCGUAUUAAAUUCGUGGGCUCAUCGGUGCUGCUUCUCUCCCUCGCUGAUUUUAAUUGCGUUACCUCUCUUCGUGCAUCAUUCUAGAGUUUGCAACUGCGCUUGAAGGCGAAAGAUGAUCUCAGUUCACACGUUUCCAUAUAGCCAGAAAAAAUUCAGGUGAAGUUGCGCGACCCUCGGGUUUCCAUCCGCGCGUGGGAGAGCCUCCCUAUCGGUUUUUUCUUGGCGCAAAAAAUCACAGCCAAUCAGAUGCAUUGGAUUUUCUCCUUAAGGAAUUUUUUGGCUCAAAUUUCAGCUGCCUCUUUCGCAGUGGACCAAAGAAGCGCUUGUCCGCGCAUGUCUUAAUACGCGGACGGUUUUCUCCCUCAUUUCCACAGUACUUUUUAAAACGUUAUUGUAUAUAAUAUGCAAAUUAAUUUAACUUUAUCUGUUUCCUUUCUUUAUUCUUAUCUAUUAAUAGUUACAGUAGUCUGGUUUACGUAUUAGGUUCUUGUGAGUUCAUAAUUAUUUUCCUUGAUCAUUUACAUUUUUUCAUUAUUUUAAUUAAUUGGACUCUUCUGCAAACCACUUUGUAAUUUAGAUUUCCUCAUUAAAGAUUAACGCAUUUAAAUUUCUAAAAUUUAAAUUGUACACUUAUUAUUAUUUCAAGUUACUUUUAUUGCCUCAGAAUUCAUAUAUUUUGUAUUAUUUUUUAGCCUUUGGCAUACUUUUAUGAGGGUUAGUGUAGUGUAAAAAACAAGAAUUUUAUUUCAAUCAAUUCGUUGAACAUUAUCUUUUUCAGCAUUUCUUUGUUUACUCAUCACCGUUUGGAAUAUCGAAAUGACGUUUGGAUUUUAACUGCUCAUCCAACACGCCCUUUCGUUGAGUUAAUUCACCGAUUGAAAGUAAUUUUGCUUAAAUUUGUAUUAAUUAUUUUUUGCUGUUUGUAAGAGGAUAUUUUUAUUUCAUAUUUUGUUAUCAAGAGUUUCCUGAACUUUAGAGGAGUAGUAACUUACUUUUUAAAAAUUACUAAAAUUAGCUAUUAGUAUCAAUAAUGCCGCUGGCCUAUGUUAGUUCAACAUCAAGCCAAAUGACCAUUUGUAAAUCAGGCUUACGGCACAAUCACCCGAUUGGCGACUUUUUAGUUUUACGAGAGUACAAUUGUAGUUGGAAUUUUUUUUCUAAUAUCUUUUCUGAACGCUUUCCUAGCGGAAACAACAACUGAACCCGUUUUAGUUCAAUUUUAAAACUGAUUCAAUUCAAGUUUUAUUAUCGUUUAAAAUCCUACUGUUAGAACAACCUCAUAUCUUGUUGAAAACUUCCUGUGACUGGAAUAGCAAUGACAAUUAUAACACGUAAUCUGAAAGCGCCACUUUGUUUCCGAGGUUAGGUCUAUCGUCCACACUUACCCGUCACGAAAACGGAACUUUUCGAAAACGCCCUUCAAACCGGAGAGAUUUCAAAACGCCGGCUUUGAAUUUAAGUAUCGACGGAAAACAUUUUGAAAACGGAUCUUUUCGAAAACGAUGACGUCACGAUAACCACGUGAUUUCCCUGCCCGAGUCACGACCGGUGCUUGUUGCGUUGAGAAAUUUCUCGGGCGUAGUGUGAACCGGGAAAAUAUUCGUGAAAACGCCGUUUUCAAAUUUCUCCGGCGUAGUGUUUACGGGGCCUAAGCAGUGACGAAGCAUGGUGCUUUCUAACCUUCCUUUCACUGUACUGAUUUGAUUUUAUGUCAAACCGCUAGAAACAUUGUGAAGUAAUAGCCUUGAAAUUACAAGAAGUAAAGUUUCAUCAAAGCUUUUGAGAGAGAACAAUUUAUAAUUAACCAUUUCCAAAUUCCGCACAAAUUCUAAUAUAUUGUGUUUGUACUGCAAAGUCAAAAAAAUGUAAUUUGAAAAGUAAAUUCGUUUGCUUUUCAGCUAUUUGAUGUCUUUACAAAUUAAGACUUUGAUAAAUACACCUGUAUCAUAAUUUAGGUAGAACAAUGCUUAGUCAAUAAACAGAAAUGCGAAGUAAA